AUGCCACCGAUUCCAGGAGUGGAUGGAGACCGUCGACGGGUGAUUCUCUAUCACCAAACCCUCAUCCCAGGUGCGGGGCCUUACGUCUCCAUGAUGCCCCUUCUGCAUAAUCAUACCGGCACCACGCAUGUUAUUAUCGCCGCAAUUCAUAUCAAUGAAGAUCCGGAGCAUAUUACUCUCAAUGAUGAUCCUCCAGAUAGCCCCAAGUUCGACCCGUUGUGGGAAGAAGUACCUCGAGUGAAGGAAGGCGGCAUCAAAGUGAUGGGCAUGCUGGGCGGUGCCGCCCCAGGCUCCUACCGGCGACUGGAUGGCGACCAAGAGAAAUUUGAACGAUACUACCGCCCUUUACUAAACAUGAUUCGCCGCCAUGAACUAGAGGGACUGGACCUUGACGUCGAAGAAGGGAUGUCCCUUCAGGGCAUCAUUCGACUCAUCGACCGGCUCAAGAGUGAUUUUGGCGACCAAUUUAUCAUCACGUUGGCACCCGUCGCUGCUGCACUGUUGGGACUCGGCAAUCUAUCUGGCUUUGAUUAUAGAGCGCUUGAACAGGCUCGCGCCUCCAAAAUCUGCUGGUAUAACGCUCAAUUCUAUAAUGGAUGGGGCCCUGCGGACGAUCCUCGAAUGUACGCAGCAAUGAUCGCACAAGGAUGGUCUCCCAGUCGGAUUGUUUAUGGGCUUUUGACGAAUCCCGGAAACGGCUCCCAAGGUUACGUCCCUCGGGAAAAGAUAAGCGCUGUGCUUUCCGCGCUGAUUGAGCGGUUUCCGAAUUUCGGAGGUGUGAUGGGGUGGGAAUACUUUAAUGCGCUCCCCGGUGAGCGUGCUCGGCCUUGGGAGUGGGCAUCAGAAAUGUCUAUCAGCAUGGGAAUGAAGGACUUGGUGGUUGCAGCUCGCCAGGUGCUCACAGCUGGACCCAUGGUGGAUAGCUUGAACAAUUUAUUUCAAGAUAUGAUGAAUCAAGGACGGCACCCUUGA